AUGAAUGGUCGCGACCGCAGUCGUGGUGUGACGUCUAGUCAUGCCUCGGACGGUCGCAAUGGCUCCGCCGAUGCCUCCAUGUCACGGGCUGAGAAGUUCGAGGACGAGAAGAAGCGCAUUGUCCAGAGCUGCUACUCCAAGAAGGAUAGUGAUGGCACUUUGGUCGAAUCCUAUAUCACCCACGUCCGAAUCACCGAGGAUUCCCAGUAUCCCUCUGCCCCUGCCCCUCCGAGCUCGGCUACCGAGAACAAGAAAGCACGGGUCAUCAUAGUCUCGGUACGGAGAUCGGGCAGAGUGCGCAUGCACAAAGCCCGCGAAAACAAUGACGGAACGUUCUCCAUCGGCAAAACAUGGAUGCUCGAUGACCUCUCCUCAAUUCAAUCCUACAACGCCUUGAUCCCGAAAACCCCGACCGAAGCUCAGCACAAGGAGUGGGCAUCAAAUGUUGGGUUCGUGGUGACGGUGGGAAAACCAUAUUACUGGCAUGCCCGGAGUUCCAAGGAGAAGGAGUUUUUCAUUGGCAGUUUGGUCAAAAUCUAUAAGAAAUACACCGGUGGCAAGGUUCCGAAUCUCAUUGGAUUUGACGACAGGGAACGACAACUGCUCGCAGGAGGUGCGCCGUCAGCGCCAUCGGCGCCACCAGUUCCGCCAGGAUCAAGGGGUGGUGAUGGAUCCGCGCCUCCGCUAUCCAAGUCUGCCCUUAUGAGCCGUGAUGUCAGUCGCGAUUUGACUCGUGUUCCAAGUCGUGAUGCGAGUCGCGAUGGAAGUCGUGCCUCGAGUCGUGAUGGUUCCCGAGAAGUUAGCCGCAAAGUAUCUCAAGAUCCAACUCUCCGAGUGCAACGAAGCCGUGACCAGCUCUCCCAACCAUCGACCAGCCAAGGCAACCUUUCUAUCUCUGAGUCAACUUCAAUCCCGCCAUCUACUAUUGUAUCGGGUCAAAGGGAUCUACCGCCGUCUCGUGGCAAUGAUGUUCCCGCAGUUGUUGUCCCUGCCUUGUCAGCGGAGUCAAUAAGCAAAGAGUCAACGUCUCCUGCUGCCGCCGAAGAAAAACGCCCAUCUACCUCGUCACGAGCCGAAGAGCCCGUCCAGAUGCCGCAACCGUCUACUUUCCAAACAACCCAAGCUGUCGGAUCUACCACGCCAGGGGCCAGACACGAUAAUCUUCGACCAAGCGUCGGUCCCGCACCCGGUCCCCUUCCCACUCCCACUAUGGUCCAACAGACAUCCUCUCAGAGUCGGGAUACGUCAGAUACCACCGACAUUGGAUCAAGAGAGCCCUCUAAAUCAGCCAUACCCGAUGCACGUUAUUCUCUUGCACAAGUUUCAGAUCCCGCCGUGGCAGCAGCUUUCCUGGCUGCUGGAUCGCCUGUGGAAGCACGCAAACGUCCAGUUGAAUUGUCGGCUGGCUCUCCUGCAACCGCGGCUACUCCAGCUGCACCUGCUCCGGCUUCUCCCUCGGCAGUUACUCCAGCUGCGCCCGCUCCGGCUUCUCCCCCUCCUGUCACUCCAGCUGCACCUGCUCCAGCUUCUCCAUCUACAAUAGCGCCGUCUAUAAAAUCUCCUACUUUGACAACGCCCACUUCAGCAACGGCACCUCCAGAAUCGCCUGUCGAGGAUGUUCCCGAAGCACACCGCCCCGGCCUGGGGCCGAUGGUGAAAAAGAAGUCUGCGAAAGAUAUCGCCGGCGCUUUCCGAAAGGCUGCUAACGCCUAUGGUGCUUUCAAGCCAAGACCUGGUGGGGCUGGUGAACGACUGCUGGCAGCCGCAAAGAAGCCACAGGAACCCGAAGCCGCCGAGCCAGAUGGCAUUACCGGCGUUGUCCCCGCUCCGUCAUUGACUCGGUCCGGCACCGAGCCAAAGAGCCCGGUUGCUGAAACAGCAGACAGAGAGCUGUCUGCCCCAGACAAAGAUGCAACUCCCAUCGUCGAGGUUACCCAGCCUGCAUUAGGGGAGACUGCGGUGGCUGCUGCGGUGGUCGCCGAAGAAUCCAGAGAUACCUUCCCAGGUACUGUCAGGGUUAUCACGGACGACCGUUCCAGAACGCCAUCGCCGUCAGGUCAGGGACGUCGCCGAAGACGCCAAGACAACACGCUCAAGUACUGCCAAGCCCUUGGAAUUGAAAUCGGCAUUCUUGAUGGGCGCGCCAUUGAUUUCGAUGAUAUUCUCUCCGAGCUUGGCUGGAACGGGCGAUUAUCUGAUGAAAAGAGGAUCGAGGAUCUCGAAGCAGAUGUUCGUCGCGAAGUUGGCCGUGUUGAGGCCGUCAGCUGGCUAGGAAAUCUUGAACAGCAAGAUGGAAAAGUGGAGCAACUUGCCAAGUUAAUUGACAAGACGGUCGAGGAGUGCGAAGAGCUGGAUGGUCUGUUGACAUUGUACUCGCACGAAUUGAACACUCUUCAUGACGAUGUGGCAUAUAUCGAGGCGCAGGGUCAAGGUUUGCAAGUGCAAACAGCCAACCAGAAGCUACUCCAGAACGAGCUACAGAAUCUUUUGAAGACGCUCUCCAUCUCCGGUAAUGAAUUGCGGCCACUGAAAGAAGCUUCGCUGAGCAAUCUUGACGGGUUGAGGGAGACGGAAGGUGCACUUGCGAUUCUGUACAAGGCGAUGGUCAUGAUCGAUUCCGAUAUUGGGCAAAACAAAAAGCGCUUGGUCGACAGUGCGGGCGACCGUGGCGGCGUCGGGGUCUAUGCUAAUACGGAUAUCGGUCAGAUGCGUGCAAUCAAGGAGAAGAAGGAAGAAUACCGCUCUGCGGCCUCAAUGUUCCUCGGGCGAUUCAAGCAAUUCAUGAGUCUGGCUUUCAAGAUGGCGGAACAGAAACGAGCAGACGCUCUGGCACAUGCGUCCAAAGACCCCCUGAAGCUUAACAGCUCGGCGCGGGGGCACUUCCGUCGGGAAGUUUGGAUGUAUCAUACCCUUAUGCUUUUCGCCAGAGAAAUCAGUAUGCCGGAAUGGCAAGGCUUGGUCGGACUCUACGAACAGCAGUCCAAGCCAUCUUACCAGAAUGAGUUCCGAGAGAAUAACCUGGCCUGGAAGAAGUCGGCUCGCAAACCGACGCUUGACGAGCAGGAACUGCUCUUUACCCACCAAGAGAAGGAGAAGGAAGGUGAGGGUAUCACCAUGGCCGCACGUAAGCUGACCGUGCGACGCGGCAAAACUGUUCGAGCCGCGACCGGCCUCCGUCUGUCUUCCAACGACAAAAAACGUGGAGGCAAAAUUGAGCCGUGUGAGGCGUUUGCCGGCACGCUGCGGGAGACGCUGAACAUGAUUGCCGAGGAACAGGACUUUGCCGUGCAAUUCUUCCAUCUCGAUUCUCUCGCCACCGCUGAUUUCACUGAUCUGGUUGCUUCUACAACCCCGGAUGCCCGUGAAUGUCCGGACUUCUCUAAAAGACAUCCGCACGAUCCAGACAGGGCGAUGUCGAAGCGAGUCGAGCACAUCAUGGAUGAGAUUUACUCAUUCUGGCCGACCGACAUGCAGAACCUCAUUGAUUGGGCUGUCCACGACGAUCCUAUGCAAGGAAUUGGCAUCCUGUUUGGUCUGGAGUCUGCCAUGACUGAUUUGGAUGACACUAAUCAAGAGUUCAUCCUCCACGCUCUCCAAAAGCUUCACUCCCGUUUAAUGGGACUCUUCAAUCGCUUCGUGGACGAGCAGAUCCGGGGCAUCGAGGACACCAAGGUGAAGAUCAACAAGCGCAAGGGCGUGAUUUCCUUCAUGCGGGUCUUCCCCCAUUUCUCCACCGCGAUUGAGAAUAUGCUGAAUCACCCAUCCGGCGAGUUCUGUGACGUCCGGAUCAGCGUCAACGAUGCCUAUGACCGCAUCAAUCGUGCCAUGUGGGAGUCUCUCAAGUUCAUUGCCAAGGAAGCGCCCGGACAAGUCGCCGGAGUGUCCGCCGCGGCUGGCGACCCAGAGGACAAGGAGGCCCUGAACUACCACAUUCUCCUCAUCGAGAACAUGAACCAUUACGCGGAAGAGGUGCUCGUGCACAACCUGCCCGUGCUCGAACGCUGGGUCGAGCGGGCCAUCCGGGACUACGAAGAGCACAUGAAGCUCUACCUCGACGCCGUGAUCCACCGCCCGCUAGGUAAGCUCCUCGACUUCCUCCGGUCCGUGGAGGGCCUCCAGGAAGCGAACAACAAUGCCGACAUUGCCGCUCGCUCCAGCCACUCCCGCGCGGUCGCGAAGAAGGUUCUCUCGUCCUACGACUCUAAGGAAAUCCGGCGGGGCAUCGAGCUGCUCAAGAAGCGCGUCGAGAAGCAUUUCGGCGAUGCCGACGACCCAGGACUCAGCCGCAGCCUGGUACUCAAGGUACUGCGGGCAUGCGAGGCCCGGUACGAGGAUGCGUACGAUCGCACCAAGCGCAUCAUCGACAGCGUGUACGAAGGACAGCUGGAGCUGGAGUGGCGCAAAGAGGAGCUGCAGACGAUGUUCCGGAAGUAG